AUGCACCACGCAAAAGAAGAUGAUAUUGAUGAUGAUGAUGAUCAGAUUUUGCAUUAUGAUCUCUGGAUGAUGUCAUCACCGAUGUCUUUCAAAGGUCAAGAAGCAAUUAUGCAUAGAAUAAAAAAGGCAAAUAGAAAUAAAGAAAUGAGUGAAGUUAAGAUAGAGAGUUUGAGUAAACAUUCUCUGUGA